ACCCCGCCACACUCCCAGCGGCAGGCAACGUUGCAUGAAGUGGUGGGGAGUUGCCCGUCAACCUCCAUUGCGCAAGCAAAUCCCCCACGAAACCCAAGUGCCUUCCGUGUUUCGGUUGCGGCGAUCACACCUACAAAAUGCACAGGUGCGAGCAACCCACCGGGCCUUUCCAAGAACACCACUUUGUGUGGCUCCCUUGUUUCUCAUCCUGUGCGGACACUCUUUUUGAGCCGACCUGCCGCCGCAACUUCCGCAUCGGCCUGCUCGUCGGUGAAGCCUAGCGGUGGGGCGGCCACUGCUGCUUCUGACGUUGCCUCUGCAGCUCGCAAGGAGGAGGCCCUUAGCCUGGCGCCGGCGCCGCGCUCUGAAGAAUUACGCCGUUAUAAUGCCCGUCGAACGCUUUUCACGCUUGGCAGUGUUGUGGUAAAGCGUCCAAGGACGGAUGACAGGGAGGAUCACACGCCGUGA